AAACAAAGUGUCCAAAAGUUUCUCUUUCUACCCUUCAUUCAUUCCUGCUUCCACAAUCCCUUCUCAUCAAAACCCAAAUCAUCAAAAGUAAGAAAAGGUUUCUGAAAUCUCAGCUACUCAGUGCACAAUCACUAGGUCUGCCUCAAACCAAGUGGGGGUAAUUUUGUUGAUGGGUGCUUGCUGGAGCAAUAAGAUAAAGGCUGUGAGUCCUUCCAAUACAGGUUUCACUUCUAGAAGUGUCAGCAGGAGUGGCAAUGACACCAGCACAGAUAGCAGGAACUCGUCAGCCUCCAUAUCGGUCACUUCUCGAAGCGAGGGUGAGAUCUUGCAGUCUUCCAAUUUGAAAAGCUUCACCUACAAUGAGCUAAGAGCAGCCACGAGAAAUUUCCGCCCAGAUAGCGUAUUAGGGGAGGGGGGAUUUGGUUCAGUUUUUAAGGGCUGGAUAGAUGAGCAUUCGCUUACUGCUACCAAACCAGGAAUGGGCAGUAUUGUUGCUGUCAAGAGGCUUAACCAAGAAGGAUUCCAGGGUCACAGAGAAUGGUUGGCUGAAAUCAACUAUCUUGGGCAACUUCAGCAUCCUAAUCUUGUCAAGUUAAUAGGGUACUGCUUUGAGGACGAACAUCGGCUUCUGGUUUAUGAAUUUAUGCCUAAGGGUAGCAUGGAGAAUCAUCUGUUCAGAAGAGGUUCUUAUUUUCAGCCAUUCUCUUGGAGUUUGCGAUUGAAAAUAGCCCUUGGGGCUGCAAAGGGUCUUGCUUUUCUCCAUAGUACAGAACCUAAAGUCAUAUACCGUGACUUCAAAACUUCAAAUAUCCUACUUGACACCAAAUAUAGUGCCAAACUUUCUGAUUUUGGGUUGGCCAGGGAUGGGCCAGUUGGUGAUAAAAGCCAUGUCUCAACUAGGGUCAUGGGAACCCGUGGAUAUGCAGCACCGGAGUAUCUAGCAACAGGUCAUCUUACUGCCAACAGUGACGUAUAUAGUUUUGGGGUAGUUCUUCUGGAGAUCAUAUCAGGAAGACGAGCUAUAGACAAGAACCAACCAGCUGGAGAGCAUAACCUGGUUGAAUGGGCCAAGCCUUACCUAUCCAACAAACGGAGAGUUUUCCGGGUGAUGGAUCCGCGUCUGGAAGGACAAUAUUCCCAUAGCCGAGCUCAAGCCGUGGCAGCCCUUGCUAUGCGGUGUCUUGAUGGAGAGCCUAAGUGCAGGCCAGGCAUGGAUGAGGUUGUGAAAGCAUUGGAGCAGCUUCAGGAACCAAAGGACACACAGAAAAAAGGUGCUGAUCCGAAAGGGGACCGCGUUCGAGGUUCCGGCCUCAACCACCAGGCUUCUGGCAAAGGAGGUGCAGAUGCUACUAGAAAGGCCACUGCUUAUCCCAGACCUUCUGCUUCUUUCCUUCAUGCUUGAGAGCAGUUUGUGAUGCAGCAAGAAUGAAGCAGUUAGAUGUGGUUUGAUAUAUAUGUAAGCAAUGUAUAGUUUCUGUAAUUUCUAUGUUGUAUUUUGAGAUACACUAGAAAUUCUUUUCUUGUGGUCCAUGGUGUUCAUUGCUUUUGAAGUUUGAACGCUAUAUAAAACUGCAGCAUUAGAUAUAUGGAUAAUGUGCUACCUUUCUUUUUAA